AUGGCUGAAGCCAAGCUCCAAAAGCUCAAGGUCACCGAGCUCAAGGACCUUCUCGUCAAGCACCGUUUGCCCCAGACCGGAAAGAAGGAUGACCUCGUGAAGCGUCUUCUGGACGCCGGUGUCACCGGCGACGACGAGCUUGUUGACAUCCCUGAUGAUGAGCCGCCUGUGGCCGCCCCAGUCGUCGAUGCUGCUCCUGGUGCCGCACCUGUGGCAGAAGCUCCAGCAAGUGUUCCCGUCGCUGCUCCUGUUGUCGCUGCGCCGGCCCCUACUGAGUCUGCCGCCGCGCCUGCCGACCCUACCGAGCCCGCACCAGAGGCCGAUGUCGAGAUCGAGCUCACUGAGGAGCAAAAGAAACAGAAGGCGCGUGCCGAGCGCUUCGGUAUGCCUUGGAACCCUCCCAAGGCCAAGCCAGCCAAGGCCGCUGCUGCCCCCGUUGCUUCCACCCCGGCCGCGCCCGCUGCUGCCCCUGCCGACAAGGCCAAGAAGGAGAAGCCCAGUGCCAUCGACCGCACCGCACCCCUUGGCGAGAGCGACGAGAUUCUUGCUCGCCGCGCGGCCAAGUUUGGCCUGCCUGAGAAAAAGGCGCCUGCUGCCCCAGUUGAGAAGGUGGUGGCCGCCGCCAAGGUUGAAGAGAAGAAGGAGGAGCUCACUCCUGAAAAGGCCGCCGAGCUGGCCGCUGAGGAGGAGAAGAAGAGGAAACGCGCAGAGAAGUUUGGCAUCAAGCCCGCAGAGAACGGCGAUGCUCCCAAGGCCAAGGUCUAG